CGUGUUUCAAUAUUUCAACAACCGUUUCAACAUUCUCAACGCCUCCGCGUUCAUUCUUUUGCAUGGCAGUAUCCUUUCUGGCACAUGAGUUAUCUGAACUCUGUCUCGGUAAGCCGCCGUUGAAGUCUAUUUCAACGUCGGCUACCAUUGCCGAGGCAAUUGAAGUCCUUAGAAGCUCCGACGAUAGUUUCGUCAGUGUUUGGAGCUGUGACCAUUCUGAAUUCACUCGUUGUCAAUGUGUUGGGAAAGUUUGCAUGGUUGAUGUUAUUUGUUACCUUUGCAAACCAGAAAAUCUUUUGUGUCCUUCUAAAGCUCUUAAUGCUUUGGUUUCUGUAGUUUUGCCUAAGGUUGGUGGUCUUGUUGUUCAGCUUGAAUCUUCUUCUAGCUUAUUGGAAGCCAUUGAUCUCAUACUCCAGGGAGCACAGAAUCUUGUGGUGCCAAUUUUGCAAACAAAAAGAGGUGGAAUUUCAAGGAGAAAACAGCAACAAAAGUCAUCAACAAUCAACAACCACAACGGUGUUGAAUUCUGUUGGUUAACACAAGAGGAUGUGAUCAGGUUCUUGCUUGGUUCCAUUGGCCUCUUCACUCCACUCCCUGCAUACUCCAUUGAUUCUCUCGAUAUCAUCAGCCCCGAUGUGCUCGCAAUCGAUUACUAUUCCCCUGCGUCUUCCGCUGUUGAAGCCAUCUCAAAGUCGCUUGCACAACAAACUUCUGUUGCAAUUGUUGACAGUGAUGAUGGGACAUUCGUCGGUGAGAUAUCACCCUUCACCCUUGCUUGUUGUGAUGAGACGGUUGCUGUCGCGAUCACAGCUUUGUCUGCAGGGGACUUGAUGGCCUACAUUGACUGUGGUGCCCCACCAGAGGAUCUUGUGAGACUUGUAAAGGCAAGGUUGAAGGAGAAGAAUUUGGAGAAAUUGCUACAAAAGUUUACAAUUUUGACUUCCUUAACCAGUGAGGUGUCGACCUCGUCUUCCUCUGAUGAGGAGGGUCUGACGAGGUCAGGAAAGCACGCAAGGUCAUCGAGCUAUUCGGCAAGAUUUGUGAGAAAUGUAGAGGCUAUUGUUUGUCAUCCCAAGAGCUCUUUGAUUGCUGUGAUGAUUCAAGCAAUUUCUCAUAGAGUGAACUACUUGUGGGUUAUUGAGGAUGAUUGUAGCUUAGUUGGUAUUGUUACUUUUUCUAAUAUCUUGAAAGUGUUCAGAGAACGUUUAGAAGUUAUUUAGAUGUAUAGGAUAAAUGUAACAAUGUUUUGGCUUUGGAUGUUCAUAGGGAAGUAUGAACCUUUGUUAGCCUAUGAAUAUUACCCUUCUCUAA